AUGCUACAAUCUUAUCCAUCAAACCAAGCAGAAAAGGACUCCCAGAUAAGAAAAUCUGGCUUAAGAAGAACACCGGAGUCUAAACUACCAAAACAGGAUCUAACAAGAAGGCAAGCCCUCGAGGGGUUAACUAUAGAUUUUGAUCACUGGAUUAACGAUGUUUGGGCUCUAAAGACCCCACAGAAACUAAACAUAACGCUAUACCAAUGUCAGAGAGACUAUUCGCUCGACAAAUACUACUUGCAGACAAUUGCUCAUUAUGCAAUGAAUCAGAGUCUAUCCUACAUUUGUUCUUUACAUGCCCGUUUACAAAAAGAGUGUGGAAACAUUUACCUUUCUCUGUGCAAGUGGAGUCGGGAAGGUUCCGAAGCUUUGAGUAGGCCAUCGAUAGCCAAACCUCAUCAAAAAACCCCCAUCGGAAAUCUGAGCCGCAGGGAAGAAAUCAUCUACAAAUCGGACACAGCGUGGAAGAUGGAAUCAUCGGAAGCAGGAGGAGAAUGGAGUUUCUCACGAGCUAGGGAUGGAUCGUGUGAAUCCAAUUCCCAAACCUUCGAAUUCGUGAAAUCUCCCCUCGUGGCGGAGGGAUUAGCACUGCGAGCGGCUAUGGAGCAUGCAUUACACGAAACUACAAGAGGAUCUCCUUCGAAUCAGACCCUCAUUUCAGCAAUCAAAGAGGGCGGGAGUAUCUCUGAUCUUCACGGGAUAAUCGCUGACAUCUCAAAACUCUCUUUGUCGUUUGAAUCAAUUUCGUUUCAUUUUGUUGGUAGAGAAAACCUGACUCGAGUAGAUGAGUUAGCGAAAAACGCCUUGAGAUCAAUUGUACAAACUCGGUUCGGCUCUUUAACCCCAAUAGGCCCUCCCACUCUUGACUCCCUUCACCUUCGAGUCUCUGAUUUACUAGAUCAACACUCAGACGAGUGGAACCUUCAAAGCCACUUACCUCAGUAUGAGGCCUCUAUCCAGCAACUAAUCGCAAGCUCUUUAAAACCCGCUGAUUCUCAAGUUUGGCUCCUGAAGAAUUCUGGCAUCUACACGACUAAGUCAGGCUACCGCGUACUAGCACAGAGUAAGAUCCAAAAAGAGCCCCACACUUUUAAUUGGAUGCUCUAUGUCUGGAGUGUGCAAACAUCCCCCCAACUGAAGCAUUUCUUCUGGAGGGCUCUAAACUGUGCUCUACCGGUAGGUGAGCUUCUAGCGUCUCAAGGAGUAAUGACGGAUCUUCACUGCAAAAGAUGCGGAGACGCAGAGUCAAUCUGUCACAUUCUCUGGAACUGCCGGAAGAUCUGUUCCAUCCCUUUACCCCAUGUUGGAAACUCAAAAUCCCUGAUCUGCAUUAUCGAUGGAGCGUGGAAAUUAGAGACAAAAUGUAGCGGCAUGGGAUGGCUGAUUGUCUCAGCAUCUGGAAUAAUGAUGGAACAAAAAUCUGAGCAUCGGGAUUUUGUAGGAUCAGCCUUAAUGGUGGAAAUAUUCGCGCUCUGCUCGACCCUCAAGAAAGCCCGUGCUUCGGAUAUCCACCAUCUUUGUAUCAAUUCGGACUCUAAUGUCCUCAUCAACGCUCUGCGAUCAAGAACAGACUUGAACGAAAUUGCAGAUUUUUUCCACGAUAUCAGAAACCGUGCCACUCUCUUCAUUUCUCUAUUUUUUAAUUUUAUUUUUUGUACUACAAAUAUAAAAACAGAUAUUUUAGCCAAAUUGAACUUUACAAAUUUUUGCUUUUUAGACCAUAUCAGAUAA